GGUGAGCCCAGUCGCUUCGGGAGCGGUGGGGUAGGGCGGGCCGCGGAGGGGACUAUGCGGGUGAGUGGCUGAGAGGCGUGAUGGCAGAGGCGGCCGUGGCCGCGGGCCCUUGCCCGCUGCGGGAGGACAGCUUCACACGCUUUUCGUCGCAAAGCAAUGUGUACGGGCUGGCAGGCGGCGCAGGCGGGCGCGGGGAGCUGCUGGCCGCCACCCUUAAAGGCAAGGUGCUAGGCUUCCGCUACCAAGACCUCCGACAGAAAAUCCGGCCCGUGGCCAAGGAACUACAGUUCAAUUACAUUCCCGUGGACGCGGAGAUUGUCUCCAUCGACACCUUCAACAAGUCACCCCCAAAGCGGGGACUAGUUGUGGGGAUCACUUUCAUCAAGGAUUCAGGGGACAAGGGCAGCCCUUUCCUUAACAUUUACUGUGACUACGAGCCUGGCUCUGAGUACAACCUUGACUCUAUUGCCCAGAGCUGCCUGAACCUGGAGCUCCAGUUCACUCCUUUCCAGCUGUGCCACGCAGAGGUCCAGGUCGGGGAUCAACUGGAGACCGUGUUUCUCCUGAGUGGGAAUGACCCAGCCAUUCAUCUCUACAAGGAGAACGAAGGGCUGCAUCAGUUUGAAGAACAGCCUGUGGAAAACCUCUUCCCAGAGCUCACGAACCUGACCAGUAGCGUCCUCUGGCUUGAUGUGCACAACCUGCCCGGAACGUCCCGGCGACUCUCAGCUCUCGGCUGUCAGAGUGGUUACGUCCGUGUCGCCCACGUGGACCAGCGGAGUCGAGAGGUUCUGCAGACGUGGACGAUCCUCCAGGAUGGCCCCAUCUCCCGGGUGAUUGUGUUCAGCCUGUCAGCGCCUGAGGAGACGGAGGACAGGCCCCAGCGGGAGGAGUACAGCGUGCUGGUGGCCAGCAUGUUGGAGCCAGCGGUGGUGUACCGGGACCUGCUGAGCCGGGGCCUCGAGGACCAGCUCCUCCUGCCUGGCAGUGACCAGUUUGACAGCAUCCUCUGUGGCCUGGUCACUGACAUCGAUUUGGAUGGGCAUCCGGAAGUCCUGGUGGCCACCUACGGACAGGAGCUGCUCUGUUACAAGUACUGCGGCGCAGAGCGCGGGCUCCCCGGGGCCGAGCCUGGCUUCCGCCUGCUGUGGCAACGGAGCUUCUCCAGCCCCCUGCUGGCCAUGGCACACGUGGACCUGACUGGGGAUGGGCUGCGGGAGCUUGCCGUGGUCUCCCUGAAGGGCGUGCACAUCCUGCAGCACAGCCUGAUCCAGGCCUCAGAGCUGGUCCUGACCCGGCUUCGGCAUCGAGUGGAGCAGAAAAGGCUGGGAGACAGGGCAGGUCCAGGGUCUGCUGAGACCCCCACUUCCUGAGCGCCCACCCACUGCCCACCCCAGGCCUGCGACAACUAUUGCAAGGCUCACCUCCAGCCUUCCAUGGCAGGGGAAGCAUCCUGAAGGAGGAGAUGGUCCCCCAGACCCUAGGGUGGUGGAGCUGUGAGCCCUGCUCGAGUUCCACCCCAGGGUGCCCUGUGACCACAAUGCUCCCCUCUCUGCCUCAUCACCCCCAUUUGAAAAUGGGAUGAUCUCACCCAACCCCCCUUUUGCCCCUGAUGAAAACUGGUCAACCAAUGAUUCUUUCUAUGUCCAGCAGA